UUCGCAGAUCGCGGGGUUGAGCGCGGAGCGUCCUCAUGGUGUCGGUGACCAGGGCGGCGUUCGGCGAGCUGCCCUCGGGGCUGGGCACGGUGGAGCGGUUCCGGCUGCGCUCCGAGCAGCUGCGCGUGGACCUCCUCUCCUGGGGCUGCGCCGUCGCCGCGCUGGAAGCCCCGGACCGGCGGGGCAGCGCCGCGGACGUGGUGCUGGGCUUCGCGGGGCUGGAAGGUUACCUUCAAAAGCAGCCCUACUUUGGAGCAGUGGUUGGGAGGGUGGCCAACCGAAUUGCCAAAGGGACAUUCACCUUGGACGGGAAGGAGUAUCGUCUGGCCAUUAACAGAGAGCCCAACAGCUUGCAUGGAGGCCUCAGAGGGUUUGAUAAGGUCCUCUGGACCCCUCAGGUGCUGCCCAAUGGCGUCCAGUUCUCCCGUGUCAGUCCGGAUGGUGAGGAAGGCUACCCCGGAGAGUUAAAAGUCUGGGUGACAUACACCCUGGAUGGUGGGGAGCUUGUGAUCAACUAUAGAGCCCAGGCCAGUCAGGCCACACCAGUUAAUUUGACCAACCAUUCUUACUUCAACCUGGCAGGCCAGGGUUCACCAAACAUAUAUGACCAUGAAGUCACUAUUCAAGCUGAUGAAUUUUUGCCUGUGGAUGAAACCUUGAUUCCAACAGGAGUCAUUGCUCCAGUGCAAGGAACCGCAUUUGACCUGAGAAAGCCCGUAGAGCUGGGAAAGCACCUGCAGGAAUUUGGCAUCGAUGGCUUUGACCACAAUUUCUGUCUGCAGAGGUCUAAAGACAGGCAUUUUUGUGCAAGGGUACAUCAUGCUGGAAGCGGACGGGUACUAGAAGUAUACACCACCCAGCCUGGAGUCCAGUUUUACACGGGCAACUUCCUGGAUGGCACCCUGAAGGGCAAGGAUGGGGCAGUGUAUCCCAAGCACUCUGGUUUCUGCCUCGAGACUCAGAAUUGGCCCAAUGCUGUCAAUGAGCCCCACUUCCCUUCUGUGCUGCUGAGACCUGGGGAGGAGUACAAUCACACCACCUGGCUCGUCUUCUCUGUGGCUUAGGAAGAGAGAAGGUCUGCUCUAGCAGAGGGCCAGGCUAGGGGUCCCUCGGUGUCUGCCUCCUGUCCAUAGGUUUAGUCUUUGACCGUAAUCCUGUGUUCAAUCCUACAAAUGAUAGCCGUCUUGAUGAUUAGUCUGAAUACUGAUUGCAUUUCCUUACAAAUGGCGUCAGUGUCUUAAGUGACCAGACUUAUUCUUGUUCAGUUCAGAGGGCAAAUGAACCUGACUACCAAUGUCACGAUUGAACGUGUGGCCGUAGCUCAGAAGUGAUACCUAGAACUCAUACUAGUGAACACUCCAUCUCUCUGUA